AUGUCUGGUGGUUUCUCGUAUGCAUACCCAGGUGGCUACACCUAUCAUAAGAUAGAUCCUAGUGCAUACAAAUUUACCAAGGCUCCCUCCUUUCAACGUCCUCCAACCCCACCAGUAUUCAAACCCCCAACUAGCAACCCUUUCUUUCCAGAGGAAGAAGAAGAAGCAGAGGAAGCGAACCCGGAGGAAGAGGUCGAGGGAGAUGCAGCAGGUGAUGAGCCCGCUGAUGCGGAGGUGACCGAGGAAGGCGAGGCACCUCCGGAAGAAGCUGGCGGGGUUGAAGAUGUCAAUGAAGAUCAUCCCCCAGAAUUUGGCGAAGACGAAGGAGUAGAUGCCGCGCCCGCCGAGGAAGAUUCGUCCCCGGCCGAGGGGCCUGACGCAGGUUCUGCUGAGCCUGCCGAAAGCGCUGAGGAAGCGCCGGCAGCUGACGAAGGUGCAGAAGCACCUGAAGCCGCUGGCGGAGACAGCGCAGACCCCGAGCCUGAGCAGGCUGAAGAGCCAAAGCCGGAUGAGGGCAGCGGAGAAGCAGCAGCUGAGGCACCGCCGCCAGCAGAGCCCGUCGCGGAGCCCGAAGCAGACCAGGCGCCAGUAGAGGACAAACCAAAGAAGUCCAAAAAGUCCAAAUCAUCAAAACGCUCUACCGAGAAGAAAAAGAGCGAGAAAAGUGAAAAGAGCGAAAAGAAAAGCGAGAAGAGUAAGAAGUCAAGGAAAAAGGAUAAUUCGCCAAAGCCUGCUCCAGCCGCUUCCGAAGAGCCUCCUCAGGAAGAUCUACCUGUAGAAGCUGCUCCACCAGAAUCAUCUGAGCCAGCCCCUGCUGAGCCGGAGAAGACGGACGAGCCAGCUGACGAAGCUCCAGCUGAGCCUGCACCUGACCCUACGCCUGCUGAAGAAUCCCCGGCAAGCGAUACACCACCCUCUCCAACUGUGGAAGACGAGGCAGAAAAGUCUGAGGAAGCACCUCCGGCUGAAGCAACAUCGACCGAUCCACCGGCAGGAGAAGCAUCGUCAGGAACAGCAGCUGAGAAUGACCCAGCGCCAGCAGAAACUAGUGAGGAGCCCAAGACGGAUGAAGGAGAACCUGCACCUUCAGCUGAAGAAAUCAAACCGGAUGCUGAGACCACGCCAGCGGUUGAGCCGGAGGUGAAAGCUAAUGAAGGCGGGGGACCAUCUGAAGGGCCCGCAGCAUCAUCCGAGAGCAAUGACACACCAGUAGCAGAUGAAAGCAAUACUACUGAGGAUAGUGCAGAGGCCGCCUCUACUGAAGACACUGUCGCGACUGACCCACCUCCCGCGGAGGCCGAGGCUGAGAAACUGGCCAGCGAGGAGAACAAGGAGCCAGAUCCACCAUCAGAGGAAGCUAAAGCUGAACAGCCAGCGCCUGAGCCCGAGCCUGUUGCUGAGGAAGCCAGCAGUGAAGCACCCGCAGAACAGCAACCCGAGGAGAGUGCUCCAACCGAGCCUCCUGCAGAAGCUCCCGCCGAGCCGUCUCCCGAGAAGGAGGAUGCAACAGCUGAGGCCGAAGCACCUGCAGAAAACGCGAGUCAAUCCGCAGAGGGCACCGAAGAAGCAACCAGCGAUCCCAACAAUCCGCCAGCAGAGACUGGUGGGGCAGUCUCUGAGAGCGCGGAGCCAUCUGUCGACGUUGGUGAGGAGGUUGCGAAAGAUACUGAGACGCCACAGGAGAGUACAAACCAAUCAGCCGAGUCAACGGACCAAGCGGCCGAGGCGACAGAAUCGCCGCCUGAGGCCGAUGGACCGGCAGCUGCAGAGCCGGAACCGCCAGCAGAAAAUACGGAACUCGUAUCAGACGAAGCAGCUCCACCACCAGAAAGCAGUGAAGCUGCGCCCGCCGAACCUGCGGCUGAAACUAAUGAUCCUCCACCAGCAGCAGAUGAUGAGCCACCAGCCGAAAACGUGAAGGCCCCAGAGCAAACAGAAUCUCCUGCGCAGCCCGAGGAGACAGCAGCAGACGCAGGCGAGCAGCCUGUAGAAAUCGUCGAAGAGGCUCCUGCAGCCUCAGAACCGCCAGCUGAAACUUCUGAAGCGCCGGUUGAAAGUACAGAGUCCCCUGAAGUUCCGAAGGAGGAAGCAGUUGGAGAAGCAGCUCUCGAGGAACCUGUAGUCGUCGAAGCGGCGCCGGCUGAUGCGCCUCCAGAGACUGUUACAGCGGAACCUGCAAUUGUAGAGGCGGUACCAGCUGAGGUAACGCCCGAGACUAUUCCUGAGGAGGCUGCAGUUGUCGAAGCAGUUCCAGUCGAGGCCCCUCCAUCUCCAACUACAUCGAAACAUCGCCAUCGCCGUAGUGGCUGGGAACGUGAGCAUCGACACAGAAAGUCCGGAUCAAAGGGUAGCGUAGAUGCACCAUCAUCGUCGUCCAAACGGCGGGGCAGUGCCUCGACCAGCAAAUCUGCAGAUGUUGACGAGCUACUCCAGGCAGCCAAAGAAAAACAAGUAGUCCGUAAACAUCGCUCAUCGCACCACAAGAGCUCGAGAGGCGAAGGCAGCAGCAACGGAUCAACCAAAAGCCAGCCUAAAUUGGAACGACGCUCCACUGAAAAGAAGGAAGAGAAAAAAUCACUAUUUCGUCCUAAAAUCAUGGAUAUGUUCCAAGCCCAAUCAGAUACCGCCGUUAGCCUUAAGACCAAUAGCGAGAAGACUGAUUCGAGACACCAUACCAGCUCGAGAUCGCACGGCGAGUCACGACCUUCACACCAUCGCUCUCGAUCAGACCGACCAUCCAGACCUUCCCCUGAAGAGGAAGAAGCAAGGCGGGAACGACAUCGACAACGGCGAAGGGAGGCAGAAGAAGCCGACAGAGCAGCUGACAAAGAGCUUCGAAGAAAGCGUCGGGAACUAGAGGAGGCGGAAAGGGAGAAGCAGAAAGCGAGAGAGAGGAAGCGGGAUAGAGAGAGAGUUUAUCAUCGGGAAAAGAGGCAGGAGAAGGGCAAGUCGGGGUUUGCGAAGGGGUUGAAGAUGAUUUUCACAUGA